AUGAGUCAAUUAUCAAGAAUUGCAAAAAAUACUUGGUAUAAGGAACCACAAGACAUAAAUAUAGUUGAAAAUGACCAAGGAAACGGGCAGAUUAUACCUUUGCAUGUGAUGGGUAAAAUUUUUGCGGCAGAUUUGGAUCAUGCCAAUAAUACCCAAACAAAAGACGUUGUGGAUAUGAUCCAUGCGCGAAAUUUAUCAAGUAGAUUACUUACUAUUGAGGAUUCUACUGUCAAUGCUAUGUGUCCUCUUUUUGAUAACGGUUCAACUAGCAUUUCUCAAGUUGAAACCUAUCCUGAUUAUAACUUUUUAAAAGAUCCUAACGAUCUCAGUAUAAGAAAAUGCUGA